GGUGACUUCAUCGCAUGGCUAGGCACUGGCGAGGCGCUCUUCCCGGACCAUAAAAAUGGUUGCUCUGUUCGCCUCUGCGGUCGAUUUCUUGUCCACCUUCACGUCCUGCCUAACCCGAAAACGGUGACACUUGGGUACCGACGGCCCGGUCAUCUCUAAAGUAACACCCGCAUUCGCGUGUCCUUCCACAAAAGAUGGGCAGCAAUGAUGAAGUACUCAAUGGCACUGGGUCAUACGAGAAGCAUGGUGGGCAGACGGAGCGGUCGAAUAAGGAACCCACGACAACAAACGAGUUUGAUGUCUAUGGAGAUGAACGGUUCGCAGACAUAAAAUACCGCACCAUGGUGUGGUGGAAAGCCGCUGCACUCAUGUUGGCAGAAACAGUUUCACUCGGGAUUCUGUCAAUACCUUCCGUAUUUGAGACUCUCGGGAUGGUUGCCGGCUGCAUACUCGUCAUCGGCCUCGGAGCAAUCGCGACCGCAACGGGAUACAUGAUCGGCGCGUUUAAGCUUCGCUAUCCGCACGUCCACAACAUGGCCGACGCAGGAAUGGUCCUGGCGGGGCCAAUCGGGCGUGAAGUUCUCGGCGCGGCCCAGGUCGUAUUCUUGGUCUUCUCCUGUGGUGGUCAUGCCUUGACUGGCAUGAUCGCCUUCGACACCAUCACCGCUGGAGCUUCGUGCUCCGUGCUCUGGUCUGCCGUAGCCGCCAUCAUUUGCCUCGUCUUGACCCUCCCACGGACCCUCAACGGCAUCUCGUACCUAAGUGUAGCUUCUUUCACCUCGGUCUUCACCGCUGUGUUGAUUACGAUGAUUGGAGUUGGCGUGGCAGGCCAUCGCGGCGGUGUUACCACUGGCACGACCGCGGGCCUGAAGUUUUCCAGCGCCUUCCUUGCCGUCACAGACAUCGUUUUUGCGUACUCAGGCCAUGUCACUUUCUUCACGUUCCUUUCGGAAAUGAAGAACCCUGCGGACUUCGCGAAGGCGCUCUAUGCCCUGCAGAUCGCUGACACGACGCUCUACCUCGUCGUAGGCGUUGUUGUAUACGCAUAUACUGGUGCGGACACAGUAUCGCCCGCGCUAGGUAACACGGGCACGACACUGCGCAAGGUCGCGUACGGAAUUGCGCUGCCGACGAUCUUGAUCUCGGGCGUGAUUAAUGGGCAUGUCACCGCAAAGCUAGUGUUCAUCAGAUUGUUCCGCAGGAACGGUGUUGCGUCUCGGCAUAUGACUACGCACUCGUGGACAGGUUGGCUAACGUGGGUCGGAAUCUGCCUGGCGAUCUGGACGAUCGCGUUCAUCAUUGCGGAACUGAUCCCGUUCUUCAAUGAUCUCCUGGGAGUCAUGUCAUCGCUGUUCGCAAGUUGGUUCACGUAUGGCAUCUCCGGAAUCUUCUGGUUCCAUCUGACACCGCGUUCUGAGCGGUGGUCAACACCGUGGCAGCGGUUCAAGACGAUCUUCUGGGCAUCCAUCAUCCUGAUGGGUGCGUUCAUCAUGGUCGGGGGCCUGUAUGCGAGCAUCGACAGCAUCAUCCAGGGUUAUAAGAGCAGCCAGUUCUCGGGUCCCUUUACGUGCGCGAAUCAGGCCUCGUAUGAGUCGCCAUCGCGGUUCAGUUAGCGAUGGUGCGGAGUGGUACAGAUGGAGCUGUGCGCAAGGUUGCGAAAGAUUACAGCAAUGCGCCCGCGGCUGCUGUGACCGGUUGGGAUCUACUCUACAUCUAUUCUACACGACUCACCUGGAUACUCGCAUCGCGAACAGAGC